UUAUCAGUUAUAUAUAUGUACUGCUUAUAUCAAUUAUUAUGAUUAACUAUCAGUUUAAUUAGUAUCAAUUUAAACAUGCUCAAUGAAGUUUGAUUUGUUUUGGUUGUCUUUUAAUCAGUCUUGUGUGACAUUUUAUCUUUGUGAAGUGAGUCCAUGUGAUUACCAUUUCAUACAGUUAUAGUAAAUGUAAAAAUAAAGUUUUCUUUAUUUCGCAAUGAUAACCAAUAGCAUGUCCUUUUUCUUUUGCGUGGAUGACAGUUAUACUGAUAGAUAGAAUAUGUGACUUUAAUUGCCACAGGUUUGCAUAUAAACCUACUCGAUUUAUGCUAUCAUUUGAUAGCUCAGUGAUAAAAAGAAAAUAUCAAUUCGCAUACACACUGCCAAAAUGAUCAGGCAGGCAACUAUGUUUGUAUUGAAGAGAGUACUGAGGCCUACCUACUAUGUGAAUGUUGUUUCAGAUUCUACACCAAUAGCAUAAAAAAGCACUAAAGUGGCUCAAUAAACAUCAAAAAAUGAGUAUUCUGAAGAAGAGUAUUCUCAAAGAGAAGAAGAUCAGUAAGUUGUUUAUUAUUGCUGAUUCAGCUUUGUGACAGACUUCCUAUGAGGCCUCUAUAUGAUAUGUAACCAUGCCUGUAAGCCCCAGUAGCUGCAUAUACACAAUUCAAUGAUGUCGAGGAGAGUGCAACGCAGAACAGCUCGAUCGGGGCAGUACGAUGGGAAAUGCCAGAAGACCUACAGACUCACAACUCAGCACCUAAACUAAAAUUGAGCAGCAAACCAUCUAGACAAAAGGGCCUAAAGGACCUGCGUAGCCUGCAGGACUGUGUUAGAUUCAUCACACAGUGGAAACAACAGGUGGAGGUCGUCUGCAAGCGCAGUAAGAAUGUCAGAGUGGACCAGCAGAGCGAACAGAGUCUGGAACAGUGUCGUAAACUCAUCCUCCAAUGGGCAGAGGAGUUGAAGAGAGUGGACACAAGUCCCUGGAUACAGGAGAGAGCUGACCUCAUAGACCUGGAGAAGAACAGGGAGGAUCCUGAACCCUCCACACAGGCAGAGCAGAGGAUCAUGGAAUGGGCUAAGGAGCUGCAGAGUGUCACAGAGAGAUGUGGUCUGAUGAGGGAUGAGCUGACCCAGAUGCUGAGACGGCUGGAGCUGAAUAAGAAGAAGCUGGUGACCCUCCUGCCCUUCCUGGAGUUCAUCACCUGGUCUCUACUGAAGGAAGAGGACAGCAGCACGGGUAUCAUUCCCCAGCUAUGGCUGGCUACGAAACAACGCACCUGGAAAACAGAAACACCUAAGUACAUCCCAAACUCAGUGUGGAACUGGAUCUGCAGUGCUUCGGUUGACAUUAACUUGGACCCUAUGACCAACCACCCAUGGCUGCUGCUCUCAGACGACCAUAAAAAGGUCCAGGAGUCUCACUGCACGACAGAGGCGGCCUUCAGCACACAGCGCUAUGACAGCUGGCCCUGCGUCCUGGGCUCGGAGGGCCUGUCCUCUGGACGUCACUACUGGGAGGUUACCCUGGCCAACAACGGAUACUGGAGGGUCGGUCUGACCACCGCCACGUCCAAACGCCACGGUCGCUUCCCUAUGACCCCCGCAGAAGGCUACUGGGCCCUGUGGCGCAGCAUGAGGCAGUUCUACGCCUGCACCAAGACCGAGACUUCCCUGCCCAUGGAGAUGCUGCCCCGCAAGGUGGGCAUCUUUCUGGACUACGAGGAGGGUCAAAUCUCCUUCUACAAUGCAGAGACCCGGGCACACAUCUAUACAUUCACGGAUAACUUCAAGGAGAAGCUGUAUCCUCUGUUUGCUCCACUGGAUGGACGCACCCUCAUCACCAUCUUAUCACCGAAGUAUGUCACAGAUGUAGACUAGACACCCCUACCUAAUCUCAGUACCACAAACUCGUGUGUCAGAAGAGCCUACCCUCUACCGAUCAUAGGGGAAGUUCCUGUUUGCCCUGGACUAAAAAAAACAACUCAAUGGAGAUUCUCAGGUUUAGGCUUAAUCAGUGUGAGGGAAACAACCCUAUGGUGUACAGCAACAACAGAACCUUGAUCCUGGAACCGUGACCUCAAAAUAUCUGAGCCCUCCUAUUGCCUCCAUGGAGGAUACAUCUAGUAUCUAUGAAGUAUAUAUUUAGUAUCUCUACUGAACAAAAAAUAAAACACAACAUGCAACUGUUUCAAAGAUUUUGCUGAGUUACAGUUCACAUAAGGAAAUCAAUUGAAAUAAAUUCAUUAGGCCCUAAUCUAUGGAUGCAGGGGCGCAGCCAUGGGUGGGCCUGGGAGGGUAUAGGCCCACCCACUGGGGAGCUAGGCCCAGCCAAACAAAAUUAGAUUUUCCGAGCCUCCGGAGUGGCUCAGCAGUCUAAGGCACUGCAUCGCAGUCCUAGCGUCGUCACUACAGAUCCGGAUUCUAUAUCGGGCUGUGCCGCAGCCAGCCGCGCCCACGAGACCCAUGAGGCAGCGCACAAUUGGCCCAGCAUCGUCCGGGUUAGGGGAGUGUUUGGCCCGGCAGGGAUGUCCUUGUCCCAUCACGCUUUAGCGACUCCUGGGGAAGGCCGGGCACAUGCACGCUGACAGUCACUAGGUGUACGGUGUUUCCUCCCAACACAUUGGUGCGGCUGGCUUCUGGGUUAAUCGAGCAAUUUGUCAAGAAGCAGUGCGGCUUGGCAGGUCGUGUUUCGGAGGACGCAUGGCUUUCGACCUUCGUCUCUCUCAUGGGAGUUGCAGCGAUGAUCAUGCUGUUUAAAUCAGCUUCUUGAUAUGCCACACCUGUGAGGUGGGUGGAUUAUGUUGACAAAAGAUAAAAUGCUCAUUAACAAACAGGGCUGUUACCAAGUUUGUGCACAAAAUAAGCUUUUUGUGCAUAUGGAACAUUUCUAGGAUCUUGUAUUUCAGCUCAUGAAACAUGGGACCAACACUUUACAUGUGUUUACAUUUUUGUACAGUAUUUACACACACAAUAUAUAUGAGGAAUGAACAGAACUUCAGUUGGUUUUUUAGCCAUCAAUAUGAACUAAAAUUGAUCAAGCUUGGACCAAUCACUUUUGUAUGAAAUAUUUUCAUAAUAAUAAGUCAAAUGUAUUGCCUAUGCUUUACAUUCCAUGCAUGCUGUCACACUUACUAAUACAUAUCUAUUUAGACAAUAAAUCACAAAGCCAAACAAUGAAAAGUACAUUUUUUUCUUUAAUAAUUUCAUGAAAAAGUCAAUGUAUUUCUGUGGCAGUGUAAUAAAGUGUUUGUUUGGUAGAUA